ACAAGUCAUUUUACUGCUAUUGAUAUCAAUUUAAUCAUCAUGAGCGACUCUACUAAACCAGCCAAAAGCAAGUCUACUAAGCUCAAGGCUCCUCGUAGCCAUCCCAAAUACAGCGAGAUGGUUGCCAGCGCUAUCAAAUCCCUGAAUCAAAAAGGUAGUUCGUCUAAAGCUGCUAUCAUGAAGUACAUUGCCGCCAAUUACAAAGUUGGAAACAAUACUCCCCGGAUCAACUGUAACGUCAAACUUACUCUGAAACAAGGUGUUCUGAAGCGCACUCUUGCUCAAACAAAAGGUGUUGGCGCCAGCGGUUCUUUCAAACUCCGCAAGACUGAAGUCAAAGGUGACAAGAAAGAAAAGGUGAAGAGGCCCGCCAAGGUCAGCAAAAAGCCUGCUAAGAAGAACAAAUCAGUGAAACCUAAGAAAGCAUCAUCAAAGUCUGCCAAAUCCUCUAAAUCCAGGAUAGUCAAACCCAAAAAGGCUGGCGCCAAGAAGCAAGUGAAGAAGACGAAGAUGUAG